AUGGCCGACCUUGCUGCCAUCCUCGAGCUCCUUCGCGGGCUCGACGCCAAACACGAGAAGCUCGCUGCACAGGUACGUCUGAUCUACCUGCCCCACGCCCCACGCCUCGUGCCUCUACAGAUAAGCGGACGUCUGCAUGUAUAUCCAUCCAUCCACCAUCUCGCCCAAAUCUCCCCAUCGCACGUUGUUGACACCUCCUCCCAGGUAGAGUCGAUUGCCGCCCAGCAGCAGCGCACCUCCUCCAUCCCUCCCUCGCCCUUGCAAUCCGGCAUCGACAACAUUCCCUGCGGUCCCGCUGGACCGUGGGCCAUCGCCUCCCCGUCCCCACGCGGCGGCGGCGUCGAGGCCCUCCGUCUCGCCUCGAGCCUCGGCACGUCGCCUCCCCCGCCCCACACCCCCUUUGGGGGAACCUCGUUCUCGUCCACGUCGGGUCCCAGCGGCAUUGCGCUCGGACUCGCCGCUGCCCAGGCCAAUGGCUCUGGCUCUGGUUCGGGAUCGCGCAGCACCCCCGUCGUCAACGGCACGGGCAAGGGUGUCAACGGCAGCAGCUCGUCGACCAACGGACACGUGCACCGCAAGUCGGAUGCCAGCGCUGCGUCUGGUGACGCCACGCCGGCCAAGAAGGGCCUGUACCCAUCGCGUGUGGUGCUGACCACAUACCCUGGCCAGGCUGGUAUCGACCCCGUCCCCGUAUCGUGGGGUGCUGGCCCCGAUGCCCGCGACCGUGGACCCGUGGUGUGCAGCCGUAUCGCAAAGAACCUCACCAUCCGUAACUCGAUCGGCGCCCACGCCGGUAGCUACAGCAUCUACCGUGCCCUCUCCAUCGCCAUGGGCCAGCUUCGUCCCGACUGGCGUCCCGACCUCACCAACACUCACCCCCCCUUCGUGCUGCCCCCUCGCCCCGGAUGGUUUGGCGACGGCACUGGCGCCUCCCCUGCCAACCUGAACGCCAAGGACCUCAAGAUUGUGUCGUUUGACCCUUGGGGUGCCAUGUCGCAGGAGAUUUGGGGACCCGAGUACUUGGCUGGUCUGGACGUGCGCCCGACCAUUGCCCAGACAAAGGCACACAUCAAGAUUGAGGAGCUGGACGUGCUCGCGCGCAAGGGCGAGUUCCCCAUUGACGGCGAGAUUGUCAUCAAGUCGCCCGAGCUGGCCGCGUUCCCGGGCGUCGACCAAGGUGUCGAGAUCAACACAUACAAGGCCGCCAUCGACCCCGUGUGGUACCUCCCCGGCGUGGCUGCCCGUCUGGGUAUUGACGAGAGCACGCUGCGCCGUGCGCUGUUUGAGGACACGGGCGGCAUGUACCCCGAGCUCCUCACGCGUCCGGACAUUAAGAUCUUCCUCCCCCCCAUUGGCGGCAUGACCGUGUACAUUGUCGGCGACCCCGCCAGGCUGUCCGACCCCAACACCGAGGUCACCUGCCGCCCGCACGACUCGUGCUCUGGCUCGGACGUGUUUGGCUCGGAUAUCUGUACUUGCCGGCCAUACCUCAUCUUUGGUAUCUCCGAGGCCAUCAAGGCCGCCCAGCGCGGCGGUGUGGGAGUCGUGGUCUACUUCCAGAAGGAGGGCCGCGCGCUCGGCGAGGUGACAAAAUACAUGGUCUACAACCGUCGCAAGCGCGGCGGAGAUACCGCGGCCGAGUACUUCAACAACACGUCGUGUGUCGCGGGAGUCAAGGACGCGCGCCACCAGGCCCUCAUGCCCGACGUGCUGCACUGGCUGGGCAUCACGCACAUCACCAACCUCAUCUCCAUGUCCGACAUGAAGUACGACUCGAUCGUCGGCAGCGGCAUCACCGUCCAGAACCGAUACGAGAUCCCAGACGAGCUCAUCCCGGCCGACGGCCGUGUCGAGAUUGACGCCAAGAUCCAGGCCGGAUACUUCUCCAAGAAGAAGGUCACAGAGGAGACGGUCAAGGAGACAAAGGGCCGUAACUGGGAGGACCUCGUGCACUAG